AAAUACCACGCCCCCACCACCUAAUCUUCUUCACUCAAAUACCAAAAACAAAAACACUCUCAAAUGAUCGAAGUUCUUAAUCCUUCAGCGAUCUAAUCACAAGUCAAAAGAGGUAGUAGGCUAACAAACAAAGAACACUCCAUCUCGAGUUUCAAUUGGAAAAUGAAUUCUAUCGAUUUGAAAUUUGAAAAGACCAACGCCAUGUUCCGAUUCCGAAGGUUUCAAAGUCUCACGAAUCUAUUUCGAUUCAUGGAGAUGUUUGUUUUCUUUGUGUUAGCUUCAAAGUUAUCUUGUCAACUUCCGUUCGCCAUUAGAGUCUCCGUUGAGCAUUUCAGGGGAGUUUCCUUCGCUUUUUUUAGCCCGAGGUUUGUUUUUGUGAUUGGAAACGUGAUUAUCUUAAUUCUAUUAUUCAAAUCUAAAGUUACUGAAAAUGGAGAUCUCAACGGAAAUAUCGAUGUUUACGAUGAGUAUGUUAAGAGAUGCGAGAAGAACGUAGUAAACCCCGGUAACAUUUUAACUGUAGCUACUACUGAAAUUGUUCCGAGUGAAGAGAAGAAGAUUUGCAGGAGUCAAUCGGAGAAACUUAUGAUCGUGAAUAGAAAGGACAAUCAAACUCACCGGGAAUUAAGACGCUCGGUGACGGAGAGAAACAUGUCGAAGAAGAUUGAUCGUGGUGGCUGUGUGACUGUGGUAGAGGAGAAGAGUUGCGCAGCGGAUGAAUUGAGUGGCGAAGAGUUCCGGCGGACGGUGGAGGCAUUUAUUGCGAGGCAGCAACAAUCGCUUCGUGAUGAAGAGUUGACUCAGCUAGCAUAUAUCGGUGCAUAAAGUGACAGUUCUUUUUCUUCUUUAGAGAAAAACUAAAUUUUAGUUUAAAAGAAAAUAGAGAAUAUCUUGCUUGUUAUCCUUUUACUGGUUAACUGAAAUUGUAUAUUAUGUUUAUCUAUUUAUAAAUCUUUUUAUAAAGGAAGUCAGUUAAAAUAAAUUAUAUGUUAAUUUUGAAA